AUGCAAACAGAGAAUACUACUAGUGGCAAUAUGAAAACAAUUAGCAACAUGGAUGAUGACAAUUCCGUAGUUGUAAUGCUCGUUGGCGAUCCAGGAUCAGGAAAGAGUUCAUUCGGAAACUUGUACCUCAAGAAAGAAGCUUUUGAAACAAGUCAAAGACCUCUACCAUGUACAUUGAUUCCUAAUUACGAGUCCAAUGUUGUUGAUGGAAUGGAGAGAACUGUUAUUGAUACUGAAGGCUUUGAUGAUGGUGUGCAUUCAGUUGAAGAGCAGAUUCAAAGAUUGGCAGUAAUGCUUAGAAGAUACAAUAUAGGAAUUAGCGCAAUUGGUGUUGUAAUUCAAGCUGAACAACUCAGAAUAACACAAGGAGUAAAAAAUGUUAUCAAGUUUGUCUAUGACGCAUUUGGUGAUGUAAUAUUAUCUCAUCUUUGUAUUAUUUUCACUCACUGCACAAGAAGAUUCCCAGAUCGAACUAUCAAAAACAAUUCUUAUAAAAAUGCAAUCAUCAAGUAUUUGACUGAAAUCUCAGGGAAGGAUACAAUUCAAGGCCUUCCAAUAUAUUAUUUCAACUGUAUGAAACCAGAAAAAGACUUUGUUGCUGAGAACUUGAUGCACUUUCAUGGAUGGGUUGCUAGUCGUCAGAAAUUCUGUUCAUCAGAAGUUAGAGAUGCUGAUUUUGGAUAUACCACGCAGGAAGAAAAAGAGGAAGGUCAUUCAAUUGGAAUAGUAACAGAAGGAAACAUAACAUAUGAAAAUUUCAUUGAUAGAAUGCGUGUGAAAUAUAUACCAAAUAACAAUAGUGAAAAACCUUCAUAUUCAGAAUGGGAGACAACGAAAGAAUAUAGAAAGAAGAUCAAGGAAGUUUCAGAAGAAAGAGUAGAUAAUUCCUUCUUAUGCUAUUCAUUUGAAGGAGACAAAAAAUAUGAAAUCACAAUUGACAAAGUCAGAACUAUUACAGUGGAUUUUGAAACAGGACAAGUUGAGCAUGGACCAUGGGGUGAAAUUGCACGCCAUAAGAAAGUUGUUGAUUCUACAAAAGAAAGAGAAGAAACAACGACGAGUUCAUGGGUUGAAGUCGUUAAAGGUGGAUAUAACAUAGUUUGUGCCAAAUUCAGGAGAAAGAUCAUAAUUACUCCAGAUGGAAAUGUGAACUUUGGUGAUGAAAUUGAGAUUCCAGGAACCAGAGUCUCCCAAUUCAUUAAAAACGAGGUAGUCGUCGUUAAAAAAGGUGGCUGCUUACUUAUUUAA